AUGGCUUACAAGCACACCUUCACCAAAUGUAAAACUAUGAGGAUAUUGAUCUAUGGUUCACAUGCUAUAUUGUUACACUUAUGUAAAGUAGAUGGUAAAAUUCCGUUUAAUUCAUCAUCAGUGGUGCUACUCAUUGAAUUAAAUAAAUUAUUAUUUUCGCUUUCCAUGCUGGCACCGGAAGUGUAUUCUAAAAGUUUAAAAUUACCCACAUUCAUGCAGUGUGUGCCAUUUGCAAUACCAGCUUUACUCUACUGUAUUAAUAACAAUAUAGUAGUACAUAUUCAGUUGUAUAUUGAUCCUGCUAGCUUCCAGGUUUUAAGUAAUUUAAAAAUUGCCAGUACUGCGUUACUGUACAGAUCUAUAAUUAGAAGACGGUUAACUCGACUACAGUGGUUGUCUAUGUGGUUGUUGAUGUUUGCAGGAAUCAGUAAUAGUUAUGGUGGUUUACGCUUGACAGGUAAACUUGAAUCACCAAGGGAGAUUUAUAUAACAGUUUAUGGUUUACUGUUGAUAGUAAUUUAUUGUGCUCUGUCUGGAUUGGCCGGAGUCUACACAGAAUAUAUACUCAAGAAAAAUUAUCAGUCCUCACUACAUUUACAGAAUAGUUUAUUAUAUACAUUUGGAGUUGUUAUUAGUUUGGUGACUUACAGUGUUUCAUCAUGGAAUAGUCCCUAUACGUUCACUCAUGGCUAUACCAAACAUACAGUUAUUAUUAUCAUAACACAGGCUAUGCUUGGUCUUAUCAUGUCAGCAGUCAUGAAACAUACCAGUAAUAUUAUUCGUCUGUUCAUCAUCACAUGUGCCAUGUUAGUAACAACAUCUCUCUCAAUGGUAUUAUGGAAUCUACAGAUAAAUUUCUAUUUUGGGCUGGCUUUUGUACUGGUAUUCAUCGCCUUGUUGCUGUAUCACAAACGAUAUAAUAUGUAUAUUGUCAGACAUUUCUAAACUAGCUUUCAAAACAUUUUAAUUCUACUCAUAUGUAAUAGACCACACCAAUAUGCAAUUUUUUGAAACUCUGAUUAACUGAGCAAGGCUGAAAAUUAAUUUUGCUCAUUAUUAUGAGUAUUCUAUAUGUUAGUAAUAAACAGCUUGUUGUUCAGA